CUCACGUCGUUGACUUAAUUUAUCACAAGCGACUGGUUUGUAAGUUCGUUAGGCCUGGUUCAGACGCCGCUCGACUCAUUAAUUUAGCCCUCUAACAAAGUGAGGUUACUUUUAACGUGGAAUACACGCUGUCAAUCUACUAACUUCCCAUUCGGUAAGUAAACACGAAGCAAACUUGUGGCAUGAUUUAGUAUGUUUAGCGUUUAAGACAGAGACAUUAAGCAAGUAAUCCCGUUCUGCUUCGAAGGUCCAAAUCUUCAAAAGCUAAUUAAUCGACGACAUCGAUCAGUUGUCUUGAUGGUGGAUGAGAUAUAUCAUGAAAUAGGUGGAACAUAAUUUUGUGCGGAAGUACUUAAACGAAGCGAAAGGAAAAAAAAGUCAAUCGUGGCGUCUAUAUCUAAUUUGGAGUUGUCGUUUCACAUAAGAUCGAUAAAUUAUCUGUCCUUUCAUGGAUCAAUGAUUUACACUAAUCACACAAAAACCGUUUUCUUUGGCAAACUCACAACAUUCGGAUUAAAACAGACACAAAGCGGCUCACAUGUUUACUCUUGCUCAGUUGCAUAAUUAUUUCAUGGAUGACUGAUCGAUCAACAUAUUCAUGCAGGAAGAGAAUGAAAAUGAACAUAUUUCCUUUCCUGUAAGUCCAUCAAUUUCUAAACUGCAAUUUUUGCCAGGUCGGGGACCUCUGGCGCAGGUUAAAGACCACUUAAGACUUUGCUUUUAAAAGGAAAAAUACUUAUUAUAAUGAUAAUAUUGCUAACAAAAACAAUAAUAACAAUAGUAAAUUAGUGAGACCAAAGAUAACUGAAUAAAGAAUAUAAGAAGAGGUUUUCAAUGAAGUAAUGGCUUUUUACGGUUAUCGGUUAAAAUUUUGGCUAUUUUUUAUGUUUACCAGCAAGCUUCUUUGACGUAUUUUACGAUUAGCUCUUAAAAUUUGAGAAUUUUUUACGCCUGACGAGUAAACUUAUUGGCCGUGUUACGGCUGACGGUUAACCGCUUUUGGACCUCUAAGAAGGACCGUAACGCUCUGAUUUAUAUAGGGUCUCAAUGGGGUCAACCGUUACCCGUAAAACGGCCAAAAAAUUUAGCCCUUUGGCGUAAAAACUGACAAAUUUAAACCGUUAGUCGUAAGAAAAGUUAAUCGUAAAAAAUAUGUCUGGUGGAAACAAUGGAAAAGUGUUAACCGUCAUUGGCCAAAAUUUUAACCAUUAGCCGUAAAGCCAUCGCCCCAUUAAGACUCUCCUUAAACCGAGAGGGCGUUUUCUGGAAAAAAAACAAACAAACAAACAAACAAAGAAACAAAAAUAGAGAAAAAGACGCCUAAAUAUGCGAAGAAUAAUGGCAGGAUGGAAAGGGAAGAUAAAAGUAGGAAAUCAAAGAUCAACAAACAAAUAUUAAGGAGAUAUACACUAUCUUUGCAAGUCAUGUAAUUAGAACUGCGAGAGCACCCGGUGCCGGGUUCUUUAAGGAGCAUUUCCAUAGGUUUUAUGCUUUUUUUUCCCUAAUGAAUUUUUUUAACUGAAUAGUGUCCAAUCCUAUAGUCCCCAACUAAAUUUUGAGUAUCAUUCAAAUUGUUUUAAUCUUUCAUAGAAAAUGGCCAAAGCUGGGUUAGCAUUCUCAGGCGGCGGAGUUCGGUCAGCGGCCUUCUGCUCUGGAGUCUUACGCAGACUGCUUCAGCGAGAGACCAACUUGGAUUAUCUGAGUUGCGUGUCAGGGGGAGGUUACACAGGCUCUGCUUACAUGGACUGGAAGUACCGUCAUGGCAAGCAAGACAGCAAAGACUGGCAUUUCAAAUUCUUUGACCAUCUGCGCGAGCGGAGUGGGAUUUUUUGCGACUGGCAGCGGCCUAUACAUGGAGUAUUUGAUUGUACAGUUCUUUUCUGUCUUCCAGUUUUCGUCACCCUUAUUGUUCCAUUUAUUUUGUGGAGUGCUUACGCAUGCCCUCUAGCUUUCGCUGUCGACUAUUUAGCAGGGGAUAUCAUUCGCGGCGGAAUCAUAACACAUUGUGACAGCUCAGCGCUACUGGUGAACGAAACAGUCUCAGAAUGCGAAGAGCGACGGGAGAGGAAAGCUAUUGAAAGAUUCCUUUUGUUUGGUGCUCCUCUUGUCUUAGCAUUUGCUUCUUACUUCAUCGCACCAAUGUUACCUGGAUUAAAAAACGCCUCCUCCUUCCUGACCACUUCGUUUGGAGUCAUAUUCGGCCUUGUGUUUCUGCCCUGGUUUUUUCAUGACGUGCUCGAGUUCAUACCUGAUUGGAUGAGAGUUCUGAUCAUUCUACCCACCGUGGUGCUUUGGUUUUCGUUUCCUGUGAUGAGAAAAAACGCUACGCUCGUCGUAAUUGUGUAUUUCUACGCGUACGUAAUUGUGUAUAGGGUGUACAAGAAAAGCUUUAGUUUUUAUCCUUACACGGACCACUUCUUUGCUCAGCAGUUGUGGGCUUCAGGGUUACUCUUGUGGAUCUCACCCCUGAUAGGAACGAUACAACAGCGUCUGGGUCAUGUCUACAACAGGUAUGUGAAUUGUAUGUCUCCCUUUUCUCUCCCCUUUAGCUAGUACCAUGAGAUUAAAACAUAAUUAUAUCAAAAUUUAUGAGUACCUAAAAAGUUUUCAUUUCACGUUUUCGCGGAAUUGUACAGAAGCGAUAGUUCCUUUUACUCGUUGAUUAUGAAAUUAACGAAGUUCAAUGAGGUGGAGCUCUAGCCUUUAUGAUGGUGCCGCCAUCUAAUCAAUGCAAGCGCUUAUUACGUAUGAAAUAAUAACAUGUUGCGUGCGCCCUUGUAAACAAUCUCGCGCGCAUGGGGAUGGCACGUGGGCGUUUUAGUAAGCGUCUGUAUCGCGUUGGCCUUAAUUGGCCCAUUGAGCAUGUAACUCUAGAUCUAAAUACGCCGUUUGAUCUUCUUUGAGUUGCAGGUGGCGGCUACAAAAAGCCUUGUUCACGCCAACCAGUCGAGGAUUGUGUGGUUGUGCCGGCAUUUCCUUCCGCAACUUUUUUCUCAGCUGCCCAUAUUUCGAUCACAAACAGCGUGUUAACCUCGACCCUGAACGCCCGCUGACCUUGGAAGAUCUUGAGAACGUCAAGCCUAUCUUUAUCAGCAAUGCAGCGGUCAACCGAUGGCGACGCACCACCUCCUCCACGGAACCCGACUACGAAGCACUUAUCAUGUCCCCCCAAGGGAUUGAACGACUGGAUCGACCUGCGCAUGAGCGCGAGUUAGAAGGCAAGCUUAUGCCGGAGGACAUUUACUUGUCCGAUGCCAUGGCAACGUCAGCUGCUGCUGUUGAUCAUCACAUGGGUGCCCUGGAAGGUGAAGAGAUGUUUAAAGACCUGAAAGUCACCUUGGGAAUUGCUAUGGGUAACUCUGUUGUCAGCGACCCGAGGCAUGUCAGGAAACUCAAUAUUUGCCUUCAGGUUGGUAUAACUUUGUUCUUCCGAAAAAAGAAUCAGGACAAUCAAUAACCGAUGAGCGAAGUUUCGUGGGGUAAUAUCAUAUUUUGACACAUACUUGAGUGUCCUUGAUUCUUAGGACAGCAGAAUUAAACGUUUAAUGUGGUACGUGGUUUUUUUUUCAGAUUCUUCCGUACUUCAUCGAGAUAUUCAGAGUCUCUCCACUUUUGAUAUCAUACGUUUUCUACCAUAAUUUUGGCAGUGACGACUAUCUCACCUUUGGAGUAUUUUGUUUCUUCUUGCUUCUGUUGCUGUUGACCGUAAUCGCCUUGAUACCUACGGGAUCUGCUAAUCCCAGCCGGGUGGAGAGGAUGGCCAGGUUUGAAUAUGCCUUUUUUAUCGUCACUAACAGUAAUUUAAUGUUCGCCUCUAAGGGUUUCACUCUCGUCGUGGAAGGACAACCUUUGGAGUAUUUAUUCGAGGGUAUUACUAUUCCUGUGUGUGCGCGUUUCUUUGAAAUCCUUCCCUAUAUUGUACGAACGCCCCUACUCAUGGUGAUAUGCAUGUCCGCAACCCUGGCAUUUAAGAUGGGGAUGGUGAAUAAAAGGAGGGAACGUCUACUGCUGGCGCGCCUUGGUACCAGAAAAAAAGAAUUUUAUAAUCUUUUGUUGUAGCAUUUUAAAAUAAACUCUUCCGACAAAUUACUCGUAAUAAGCGACAGCAAGAAGAACUUUCAACGUCUGGGUACCAUCCGCGUCUAAAGACGUCUAUGCUCCAGUUCCCUAAUGACCGAAAGGCACGCAGGUAUGCACUUGCUUUUAGUGCGCUUUGACCCUAACCAAUAAGUUGAACAGCCAAUAUUGGCCAGCAUUUUACACUAAAAGCCAUACUGUUUUUUUUGUCAGAUAUUUUGCUGUCCACAUACCUUACAUCAGUUAUGUUCGGAAAACAAUCGGGAUACUAAACCUUGGGUCCAGUCCUCCUCCUGUAUUGCGUCUGAGUGAUGGCGGCCAUGUUGAAAACCUUGGAAUCUUGCCUCUUCUGAGACUCAGACUGAAAAGGAUCAUCUCUGUUUAUGGUGGAUGUGCGGCUUCAGAACAAGCGUUUUGUAACACCUUGAUGAACGCGCUCGAAAUGGCCAGGAAAAAACUGAGAUGUUCAUUUACAGGAAUGGAUGGUCGAGACAUCAAUGAAGAUAUUCGAAUAAACUUUGUGGAGAGAAGUUCCGGAAACCAACCUAGGAGUUACAGGUUUGUGACUUAGUUCUUGAGGUUCAGCUGUGUUGUAUGUUGCGCGAAAACUCACUAAUUUGAAAUGUUGUUUAACCGCUUUCAUGUGAGGUACUGCACGGAAGCCUCUCAUUUCAAACUAGUUGGAAAUACUUAGUGUUAGCUGAACAAAGUUUUUGGACCAAUCAGCAAAAUGUACUCAAGCGAUUUUCCAUUGAGACUUAACAAUGACUGGGACCUGUGUUUUACCACCCCUCUGCUCUUGACAAGGAAUGUGCGCGCCAUUCCUUCGGCCAUUCAGAUGCAAAACUAAAAACAAUGGCGACUGGCCAAGUCCCUUGACUCUUUCCGCGCUUCAAACAGUUUGUACGUUUUGAUCUGAGUUCUAAUUGGCUCCUUGUAUUGUUUCCUUUUUUCUGACUGGAGCUUGUGAAUGAGAUAUGCGUUUGGCUCAGCUUAUGACAAGUCCUCCCCCACACCCGACACUUUUUCAAAAUGUUCCACUGCCCUUCUGUUAAGUUUUGCCCAAAAUCCCACGAUCGAAACGCACUCUUAAUUUUGCACCUUUAAAGAAACGCAUUAGGCAAUUCAUAAAACCCACAGUUAAAUCUGGAAAGAAGCUUCCUCGUCUUACAAGUCUGACAGUCUGCCAAUAUUUAAAGGAAAGAUUUUAUUGUCCUAAGGUUCAAAGUCCAAUACUUUGACAAAGAUCCAGAAGGGGACGGCGACCACAUGGUCGGUGAGGCAGAGGUGCUUUUCAUCGCUCCUAGACACCCUAAUAAGGGAAUUAAGAUGACGCAACCUAUGACGUGGAAGGAGGCGUUAAGUGACAUUAACGAAAAUCUUGACGAGGGCCAUUGGGGAACUGGACCAGAGCUUCAUGCUAAGGAGGUUGACAGGCUGACGUUCUGUUGCUGCGAGUCUUGUCAUGGUGACGCUUGUAGGGGUUUUUCAGAGGGGAUUUGUGGAGCAUUUCCGCAGCAUUCUACUUCGAACCAAUUCUACACGCCAGCAAUGUUUGCUGCUUAUCAUAGAGAAGGUUAUCGCGCAUGUUUGGAGGCAAAAGCCCCUGAAUUUCUGAGCGAACAAUCAGCUCAAGUGCUCAAUGUAGAUCACAUUCGUGUAGAGAAUGUUGACGAAACAAAGAUCUAAGUAAUACACACGAUUUGUGGUGUUUGGUUGAAAGAAACAAUCAGCACUAGAUUGCUGUUUUAAAGUUGAUGAAAAAAAUGCACAAUAUUUUUUUAAAAAGGCUUGUUAGGGUGAGAAUUUUUGGGCUCAAGAUCAGUCAUUGAUCAAGAGCUCGAGUGAGCAAAAAACGUUGUAGACUUAAAGUUAUGUUAUGUGAAAUUUUUAGUGGAGAUUUGGAAACUUUUCCCGGCUGAAAACGUUUUAGACUUAAGUUUUAUUAUUUGCAAUUCUUAGUAAAGAUUUCGAGCCUUUCUCCAGCUGUAGCGAGUUACGGCGGCAGUACAGUGGAAUGUAAUAAAGGACAGGACUAUGGAAGGAAUUACGAUGCGACGUAAUGUAAACGUUAUGCGAUAUAUAAGUGUUUUUUUUAAGAUACGUUCUUGCGCCUUCUCCAGUUUUUUUCGGUAUCAUUAUCUAAGGUUGGUUACCCUUUGUAACAGCCGUUUUCGAAGCCGAGACGGAGCAUAAGGCCGACGACUUUGAAGAGUAAAAUCUCCCCGAUGUUGACCAUCGAAACGCGUCCAUUUUGGCUGUACAGCUAUAUCCUUUGGAAAGUAGUGUAAAGAAAAACCCAGUGUAUGUGUAUUAUUCUUACGGCUAACAUCAUUUGACGCUCCGGCCACGCAAUAAGUUCGUCCUAUUCACAGUUUUUUGCCGUCACAGCUGUGUAACAUGCAUGAUCGUUUAAGCCGCGGGUUGAAUGGGAACCCUUUUUGGCCGCGAAAUUGUACUUUCAAUGCGUAAAAAAUGGUCAAGGAGAACUCGCUUGGCGCUAAGGUCGAUCAUUUCAAAUUCUAACUACAGCUAUCAACCAGAAGACGCAAAAAAAAAAUAAAAAAAUUGGUGUCAUAGGC